AUGGUGGAAACCAAAUCAAGAACAGCGAAGAAGACGACAUUCGCUUGUCUCUCCAUAUCUAGAAGAAGAAGAAACAGCAAUGGUGUGUUUGAAUCUGAAGAAACGGCGAUGUUUGAACAAGUUGGUGGUAAAAGAAUCUCGGUUUUGUGUGGGUUAGGUUAUUGGGUACAAGGUUCAAGAUGUUUCCCUUGGCUUGCACUUAACUUCCAUAUGGUUAAUAGCCUUGGGCUCCAACCAUCGACGCUUCAGCUUGUGCAAUACUCUUGCAGUCUUCCUAUGGUGGCUAAACCUCUCUAUGGUGUUCUCUCAGAUGUUAUUUACAUCGGAAGUGGCCGUAGAGUUCCUUACAUCGCCAUUGGAGUGUUUCUGCAGAUUUUAGCAUGGGGUUCAAUGGCGACGUUCCAAGGAGCUAGGGAAGUUCUUCCUUCUCUUAUGGCAUUUGCCAUGCUUAGUAACCUUGGAGCAUCAAUCACUGAGGUUGCGAAAGACGCUCUUGUUGCGGAAUACGGACUGAGAUACCGAAUAAACGGUCUCCAGUCUUAUGCGCUCAUGGCUUCAGCAGCUGGUGGAGUCUUAGGAAACUUACUUGGAGGAUAUCUCUUACUCAGAACACCUCCUAAGAUCUCCUUUCUUGUUUUCACCGGUCUGUUGUCUCUGCAGCUCCUUGUUUCUCUAUCUUCCAAAGAAGAAUCUUUUGGUUUACCACGGAUAACAGAAACAACCUCGGUUUUGAGAAGCUUAAAGAAACAGUUUUCGAAUCUUCAAGAAGCAAUUCAGGCGGAGGAAAUCUCCAAGCCUCUGAUUUGGGCAGUAGCAUCCAUUUCAAUGGUCCCACUUCUCUCGGGAUCAGUCUUCUGUUACCAAACUCAAGUUCUAAAUCUCGAUCCUUCGAUUAUUGGAAUGUCGAAAGUGAUUGGACAACUGAUGCUUCUUUGUCUAACCGUUGUCUACGAUAGAUACUUGAAGACACUUCCCAUGAGACCACUGAUCCAGAUCGUCCAACUCUUGUACGCGUUAUCGAUCCUCCUCGACUAUAUCUUGGUGAAGCAAAUAAACCUCGGAGUUGGAAUCUCCAACGAGGUUUUCGUGCUCUGUUUUUCUAGCUUAGCAGAAAUCCUUGCUCAGUUUAAACUCCUUCCGUUUGCGGUCCGAAUAGCCAAUAUGUGUCCUCAAGGCUGUGAAGGAUCAGUAACCUCUUUUCUUGCUUCAGCUCUGUGUCUAUCACAAAUAGUUAGCGCAUUCUUAGGCGUAGGAUUGGUUAAUCUGAUGGGUAUAACAUCAAGUAACUAUUCAAACCUACCUUCAGGGCUUGUCAUACAGUCUCUAGCAGCUAUGGUGCCUUUGUGCUUCAUGCAUUUUGUCCCAAUGUCAGAAACUGUUGUUGAGAAAGAAGGUAGAAAAGGUAUAAGCAAGAGAAGCAGGAGAAAUCGACGAGUUGGGAGAGUAUCACAUCAAGAAAAUGUUACUUAUCGAAGAGAAAGAGAGUCAGAAGAAGUACAAAGAUAG